CCGGCAAGUGUGUGAGUCACCUACGGUAAUGUCAUUGUAUCAAUUCAAUGUGUUAUUAACGGAUUUUGUGAUAAAGGAAUAGAUAAAUCGAAUUGCUCUCCAUUUUUAUAUCGCAUCACACCGAAUCACCCGGCGUUGAGUGAAAAAAUGGGGUUGAAGUGGUUUCGUGCGCGAAUGUCUCUGGACGAGCCGAGAACGUUGCACCCAACGGGUGUGCCAGGUUUCUAUCGAACAAUAUCGAAUUUCGAUGCUAGUGUCUGGCCUCCACCACCCACGAUGGUGCAGAAGCCCAGAUCAGUUGCCAAACCUGUCUCACCACCCCACGUCCCGGCUCUCCAGUCCCCGCCCCGGCCACCAACUGUCAGCCCUGGUGAUUUCUCUUCUGAGUACAAACGAGACAGUGGGCUCAGUGAAGGGGAGUUCGAGGGUGAGACCUUCAAACUACCCAGAGCAUCGGUGGAUAUUCUCAGAGAGAGGCAAACUGAGGAUGUUAAGAGGGCUGGGAUCAAGAAGAAGAAGGGAAUCGCACCGAAGCCGAACGAAUCGAUGGGACAUUCUGAUGCUGAAGUCGUGAUUUAAUUGAAAUUACUCCAAUCGACAGACUCGUGGAAAUUGAUUGGGCAAGAAUGCUGAGGUUUUGUUGUUAAUGAAUUGAAAUUUGGUGAUAGGGAAUUCGAUAUCGAAAUCUAGAGGGAAGUGAUAAGAUGAGAUAAGGAAAAAUUCGGGUGUAGAUAAUUUUGCAUGAAGUCUCGUAAAUUUAUCGCUUGAUAGUCCGAAUUUUCAAUUUUCGAGUUUUUGGAAUGUUUCAGUGCUUUGUAAUUUCGUUGUAAAUUCAAAUUGUAACAUAAAAAACGUAAUCAUAUUAGCAAUAUUAAUUGUAGGUUAAUUAUUCGUUCGAAAAAUCGUUCCUGGACAUAAGCAUUUUUUUCUCACUGUGUGAACUGUAAAAUAAUAAUAAAUUUACCUACCUUGUAACUUUUGCGAGGGGAAAAUGAAUACAGAGUUUCUGAUAGAAUUCGCAGAACUCUUUGUAGGACCUGAAGAGAUAUGUCGGGUCAGCCUGCCCCUUCCUCUGAAUCCUCAAUAUGUACAUAUAAUAUUUCUCUGGGUCGUAUCUCUUUUGAUAGCCGUGCACUUGGACGCUUGUCAACUGUCCUUCCUGUUGCAUUCUGAUAAGCAAAAAACGCUCAAAUGAAUGCAAGUGAGGAAAAAUUAAUACGCAAAUUAAAGCACUGUAAAUGGACCAUUUUCUGUGACUUCUCAUUUCAAACAAUUUCGAACUGUUAGUCCUACAAUUUAGUCCGGAAAUCACUGAUUGAGACUUACGUAUAUGUUCUUGGAACGAAUGACAGCAGUUCCCCGUCAUUUUGGUCCCCAGUGAACCUCAACUGCGCCAAAUUAUGUAGAAAAAAGUUGAACUGUGUGAACCAGCUCUUGAGAGAGCUCUCAAUCAUCCUGGCGAAUGUAGCAGCAGCUUCGGGAUUCGUCUGCCCAGGGAGCAGAGCCUUCUGCACGUAACUGACAGCGUCCAUAGUCACUCCAGGAAUCCCGGAGGAGGUCAUCUGCGGAGGAUUCGUGUAUUCAUUCAUCCUGAGGCUAUUGACAGCCUCCUUAACUUCAAUAUCACUCAAUUUUCUCUCAAUACAAAUUUUAUUUGCACGGGAAUUUUCAAUCAUCUUAUCCUUCAGCAAGUUCUCCAUUUCCUCAAUAUUUCCUCAACGGGUUUAUUUAAUAGGUUAUGCGUUUAAUGAGUUAUAAUAAUUAUUUAAGGGUGUUAUUUAUGCUUAUGGACUUAAUGGACCCGUUUAUUUUGAUGGAUUUAAUGGAUUCGUUAGGCGUUUCAUUCCAAGAACAAAUUAUUUUGCUCUGCGUCGUUGAAUGAGGUUAUGUUUGGAAGAGUGAGAAAUCUGGUGCUUUCCUCGGUCACUUCGAGUUAAAACUAAUU